GAUAGUAGAUAUACAGUAAGUCGGUAUAGUAAAUUCGUAUGGACAUAAUAAUAUGUCUAUGGCUAAGUUGUAAACUCGCAUAGUUUAGUUGCAUAUUUUGUUUUAUCAUUUUGUAUAUUUUUAAGAGGAACCAAUUUCUUUAAACUAAAUGAUAAAUUAUAAUUUAUAAUACAUUUUAUUUAAAUAUAUAAAUAACCGUCAAGCAUGUCGAUAAACCUAUUAAAAUAUAUUAUUACAAAAAGUUGUAUUAGCAGCAGAGUACAUAAUAUGAAAUAUAUGAGUACGGUAAAUAAUAAAAAGCUCAUUAAAGUAACUUUUAACAAAGCUAAUGGCGAUAAAAUUACUGCCGAAGGCAAAAAAGGAGAUUCUUUAUUGGAUGUCAUUAUCAAUAAUAACUUAGAUUUCGACGGAUAUGGAGCAUGUGAAGGUACAUUAACAUGUUCUACAUGCCAUGUGAUUUUAGAUUCAAAGGAUUAUGAUGCAUUACCUGAUAAACCAUCAGACGAAGAAUUAGAUAUGUUAGAUUUAGCAUAUAACUUAACUGAUACAUCUCGAUUAGGAUGUCAAAUAAUUUUAGAAGAAAAAUUAGAUGGCUUAGAAGUCAAUGUUCCAGCUACAGUUAAUGAUGCUAGGUAUAAUUAAAACAUGCAUUUAAAAAAAAUAUUAUUUUAGAAAAAAACCUUUUUUUAUUAACUAAGUUUCUAUAGGUAUAUUCGUAUAUUAAAGGAAAGAGAAUGUUUAGAAAUUUUUCCAAGAAAAAAUUAAUGCAUUUAUGGUUUAGAUUUAUUUAUUUUAUAAUUUAAAUACUUAUAAUCACUUAGAAAAUAAUGCAGUACUAAAAUUGACAAUAUAAUUUAUAUAUAAUAUACAAUAGGAAUUGUUUACAACAAAAUAGAAUACCUAUUUAUGGAAAACUUUAAAUAAUUUUUAAUUCUAUAUAUUUCUUGAAAGUAACAAGAUUUUAUUAGCAUUAUAUGUUGGCCAAUAUGUUGUUGAAACCAUUUUUUUACAUUUUUAUUUUAACUUGAAUAUACUAUGUAAUUUUUGUUUAGUCACACAGGGUAUGUAUUAUGAUCCCUAUGUUUUGAGUACAAAUAUUCACUAUUGGUAGAUUGGUAGACCAACUUUUAUGUACCUUCCAUGGACAAGUAUGCUCAAGAUAUUCAUUAUCAUUUUUGAAUUAAUUUUUUACUCUUAUACACUUAUGUAGUUACUUAUAGAAAAUUAUAAAAAAAAUUUUAUUUUAUUUUUUUUAUCUCAAAUAAUUUUAUCUUAAAAGU